GGAAGGUCUCAUUCCUGGUUAGAUUGUGUUCAGGUGCGGAACUUCGUCACUGCUGCGACCCCCGAACUUCGACCUGUGCAUGCGAGAGACGCUCUUGCCCUCUUCUUCCACCAGCCCGACACUCAACCACUGACUGAGAGCUAUGACUGCCAUCUCGAAUUACGGCAUGUUGUCCGCCAAUUCGCUUCUGGCGCACCACUUCAGCAACGCUCCCUCCAUGGAGGCGGCCACGGCGCCCCCGUCGGGCGUCCUCGGAGCGCCCAUGUCGGCGGUCAGCAACCACAUCAAGCGGCCGAUGAACGCCUUCAUGGUCUGGUCGCGCAUCCAGCGCCGCAAAAUCGCGCUGGACAACCCCAAAAUGCACAACUCGGAGAUCAGCAAGCGGCUGGGCGCCGAGUGGAAACUUCUUCGAGAAAACGAAAAGCGGCCGUUCAUCGACGAGGCCAAACGGCUGCGCGCCCUGCACAUGAAGGAGUACCCUGACUACAAGUACCGCCCCCGCCGGAAGCCCAAGGCCCCCGGCUCGACCCACAAGGCCCCCAAGAACGCGUGCCAUUCCCCUCAGGGCGCCCCCGCCGCCCCCAACAUGCCGCCCUACGCCUCCUUCCCACUCCCCUACUUCGCCGCCUCCCCUCAGUUCGAGUCGCUCUACCACUCCAAGGGUCUCCCCUACCACACCAACCCUUACCUGGCCUCCCCUGCCAGCUACGAAAAGGGACCUUCGCCGACCCACGGCAUGCCCGCUGGUGACACGGCCGCCAAGAUGGCCGCCUCCUCGGCCGCGGCCGCCUCCUUGGUCAGCUCCUUCUACUCGUCCAUGUACCCUGGCAUGACCCCGUCAGGGUUGUCCUUCGGGGACAAGGCGCCCCAGCAGGGACUGACGGCGUUCCACUCGCCCAAGAGUUUGGGCGACGACCGAGAACCGUCUCCGGCUGCCUACCCUAGCAGCGAGGACGUCCUCAGAAGGUCUGUGCCCGUGAUGUACUGAGCGAAUCCUUUGGCCAUGUUCUUUGUUAAUUCAAUUCUUACUUAGGACGUUGAUUAUAAGCCGACUUGUGCGAAAAUGUGCGCGCGUGUUUUUAUUUUUGCUCGCAUUUUUGCUUUGAUUUAAACCAAGUUCCUUUUUUAAGUUGUACAAAUUAUUGAAAAAUAAAAAUGAAAACGUUGUAUUGAUUUAAUUUUAUAUUCUAUUACUUAAUUUAGUGCUAUUAUUUUAGAUCGACAAAUUAAUAAAGCAAAGGAAUCAACUCCAAAGUUCGUUGUAAAAAGUUGAUCUAUACUGAAUUGAUAUAUGCAUUGCACACACAACAAAAAUGUCUGUUUUGAUAUUGAAUGUCCUG